GCCUGCCUGCAAGGAGCCCGUUGAUUGGUAGGUGCUCCCCGCCGGACCAAUGAGGGUGCAGGGUGGGGCAGAGCUCGGCGCCGGGGUGUUUGGAUUCGAACGGAACUCCUGGCCGGCGCAGGCGCAGUUUGAGGCAGGCCGACCAGUGUUGCCAUCUAGUGACGGGGUAGGGGAUGCCGGGCGAAGAGGAGGAGGAGGCCGAAGCAGGGGUCGCGGGCGGCGCCUCCUCCCCGCCGGCGGAGGAGUGGGGCACUCGGCAGCGCUAUGAGGAGCUCUGCAGCAGCCUCAACAUGGACGAGCGCGCCCGGGCCGAGGCCUGGCUCAGCUACCAGGGCAUGAAGCGUAACUACACCCUGGAGGGGAAUGAUCUACACUGGCUAGCAUGUGCCUUAUAUGUGGCUUGCAGAAAAGCAGUCCCAACUGUGAGCAGAGGGACAGUCGAGGGAAACUAUGUAUCCUUAACAAGAAUAUUGCGCUGUUCAGAACAGAGCUUGAUUGAGUUUUUUAACAAGAUGAAGAAAUGGGAAGACAUGGCAAAUCUACCCUUGCAAUUCAGAGAACGUACGGAGAGACUGGAGAGAAACUUCACUGUUUCUGCUGUAAUUUUUAAGAAGUAUGAACCCAUUUUCCAGGACGUUUUCACAUAUCCUCAAGAUGAUCAGCCUCGUCAACAAAGAGGAAGAAAACAGAGGUCAUUCUUCUUUCUUCUGGGAUUCUCUUUACGACGACAGCCUUGCACAGUCUCUGAAGUUUUCCAGUUUUGUUGGGUGCUGUUUGUUCAUGCAAAAGGAAAUUUUCCCAUGAUCAGUGAUGACUUAGUCAAUUCCUACCAUCUCUUGCUAUGUGCUUUGGAUCUAGUAUAUGGAAAUGCUCUACAGUGUCCUAAUCGUAGGGAACUUCUCAACCCUACCUUUAAAGGCCUUCCUGAGGACUUUCACAGUAAGGAUUAUAAACCGUCUUCUGACCUUCCCUGCAUCAUUGAAAACCUCUGUUCCUUACAUGAUGGUUUGGUUUUGGAUGCCAAAGGCAUAAAGGAACAUUUUUGGAAGCCAUAUAUUAGGAAACUUUUUGACAAGAAGAUUUUAAAAGGCAAGGAAGAAAAUCUGACUGGAUUUUUAGAUCCUGGGAGCUUUGGAGACAGCUUCAAAGCCAUCAACAAAGCCUAUGAAGAGUAUGUUUUGUCAGUUGGAAAUCUGGACGAGCGGAUAUUUCUGGGGGAGGAUGCAGAUGAGGAAAUUGGAACUCUGAGAAGAUGCCUAAACACAGCUUCAGGAAUGGAAACAGCUGAAAGAGUGCAAGUGAAGUAUAAUCUGCAGCAGCACUUUGACAGAUCUAAAUCACUUAGAAUUACGACACCUCUUACUGGCCGCAAGUAUAUUAAAGAGAGCAACCCCAAUGUGACCCCUGUUUCCAUAGCAACAUACAACUUGAGCCGCCUUCAUACAAUGCUGACAGGACUAAAAAAUGCCCCCAGUGAAAAUCUGGAGCAAAUACUGAGGGCAUGUUCCAGGGAUCCUUCUCAAUCUAUUGCAAAGAGAGUGAAAGAAAUGUAUGAAGUAUAUUGUCAGUGCACACAAUCUGAGGGAGAAUUCAGUAAUUUCUCCAAGGAUAAUGCUGGCAAGCAUUUUCGUCUUGCUGAGGUUCUUUACUACAAGGUAUUAGAGUCUGUCAUUGAGCAGGAGAGGAGAAGAUUAGGAGACACCGAUUUAUCAGCAAUACUGGAGCAGGAUGUGUUUCAUAGGUCUCUCCUGGCAUGUUGCCUUGAGAUAAUUACUUUUUCAUACAAGCCUCCUGGAACUUUCCCAUUUAUUACUGAAAUCUUUGAUGUACCUGUUUAUCACUUUUAUAAGGUAAUAGAGAUUUUUAUUAGAGCAGAAGAUGGCCUUUGUAGAGAGGUGGUAAAACACCUUAAUCAUAUUGAAGAGCAAAUCUUGGAGAGUAUGGCAUGGAAAUGUGAAUCUCCAUUGUGGGACAGAAUCCGAGAUAAUGAGAACAAAGUUCCUACCUGUGCGGAGGUAAUGCCACCUCACUAUUUUGAAAGAUCUAAUGGGAACAGUCUGGUAGGCUCUCCUUUGACUCCAAGAAGGAUCAAUGAAGUUCGUGCCGAAACUGGAGGGCUUGGAAAAGGCCUUUCGUCUUCUCCAACCACAUUGUAUGACAGAUACAGUUCUCCUACAACCAACCCUACUAGGAGAAGGUUAUUUGUGGAUAAUGAUAAUCCUCCUGACAGUGGAACUCCUGUAAGAGUUUCACAGCAGCCUGUAGUAAAUACUGUGCCAGUGCAGAAUGUGACAUCUGAAACUAUGUCAGUUACUCCAGUGCCUGGACAGACUUUGGUUACUGUGGCAACUGCCACUGUCACAGCCAACAACGGACAAACUGUUACAAUACCGGUACAAGGCAUUGCCAAUGAAAAUGGAGGAAUAACUUUCUUCCCAGUUCAGGUAAAUGUAGGUGGCCAGCCUCAAGCUGUCUCUGGCUCCAUCCAGCCACUCAGUGCCCAGACCCUUGCUGGUGGUACCCUUAACACUCAGAUGAGUGGGACGACCCUUCAGUUACCAGGCCAAGUUGCAGUUCAACAGAUCUCUCCUCCUGGAGACCAACAGAGACAAAACCAGCAGUUCUCUACCACCACCACCAGCAAACCCCGAAAGACUGGCUCUCUGUGUCUUUUCUUUAGAAAGGUUUAUCACUUAGCAAGUGUUCGGCUGCGGGAUCUCUGUGUCAAACUGGAUAUUUCUGAUGAGUUGAGGAAGAAAAUCUGGACAUGUUUUGAGUUUUCCUUGGUACAGUGCCCUGAGCUCAUGAUGGACAGACAUUUAGACCAGCUGUUAAUGUGUGCCAUUUAUGUAAUGGCUAAGGUGACGAAGGAAGAUAAGUCAUUUCAGAACAUCAUGCGCUGCUAUAGGACCCAACCACAAGCAAGGAGUCAUGUAUAUCGGACUGUCCGGAUAAAGGGCAGAAGACAACGCCGUCGUUCUGGCAGUAGUGAUAGCAGUAUCCAACAGAAUUCCCCAAGAGAGAGAAGUAAAGAGAGAACUAGCAGAGACUCUAGUCCUGUCAUGAGAUCUAGCAGCACUCUGCCAGUACCGCAGCCAAACAGUGCACCCCCUACUCCCACACGACUGACAGGUGCAAACAGUGAUAUUGAGGAGGAGGAGCGAGGGGACCUUAUUCGGUUCUAUAACAACAUCUAUAUUGAACAAAUGAAAGAAUUUGCCCUGAAGUACUCUUCCACAAAUGCUACUGAUGCUCCUCCACUAUCUCCUUAUCCAUUUGUAAGAAUUGGCUCCCCCCGCAGAAUACAGCUGUCCCAGAAUCACUCAGUCUACAUCUCACCACACAAAAAUGAGUCUACACUUUCUCCACGGGAAAAAAUAUUCUACUACUUCAGCAGUAGCCCCUCUAAGAGGCUGAGCGAGAUUAACAGCAUGAUUAGAACUGGAGAGACCCCCACGAAGAAAAGAGGCAUUCUCUUGGAAGAUGGUACUGAAUCCCCAGCCAAACGGAUCUGUCAGGAGAAUCACACUGCUCUACUAAGACGAUUACAAGAUGUAGCAAAUGAUAGAGGUUCUCACUGAGUUUAAUUACUUGUUUGUGUUCCAGAGCAGAUAUUCCCUUUCUUCAUCUGUCCAGAGUGUGAAUGCUAAGCAUUUUCUGUGGAUUCAUGAAGCCUUUGUGAGCAUCUUCCUAGCUAACCUGUGGCUGAGAGUGGUAGUAUUUCACUUGUCCCAUUGUGGUCAAGCACAUUGCUAAGUGAUACUUCCACCUCUGAGGCUAACCCUGGGCAUUCAGAUUUCACACUUGGCUUAUAUGCUGUGCUCUACUAUGAGGACAUGUGCAAGUUUUUAUAUGCUUUCUAAACUAUUUUGAUAUUUAUUGCUGAGACAAUGUACCCAAUAGUUUCCUAGCUUGUGAUAGGAAUUGUGUGUACAGGGUUUAGCUGCCAGCUGCAUACACAGUUUUUCUUGGUGCUUUGAUUCUUUUUGCCUAGCAAGUCACUAUAACAAUGUACUGGUCAGAGCCAGGAGUAUUGCACCAAGGUAUUCAAAUUACACAUGGGUGAGUUUGUGUUUUGGUGGUAGGGAUGACCCAUAAUCUCUAGUGCUACAACUAGAAAUGCUGACAGCCCAGGCUGGGAAGAUUUCCUCCCUCACCCCAUACAAGGAGGUAGGGAAAGAAUACCUUAUGGAAUUACCUAAGGUGAGUCUCUUCAGGCUUGAACUAUUAGAUUGUUUUGUUUUAAUGGUGGGGCACUUGGCUGUGGAGGCAAUUCUGUUAAUGCAUUUUUUUAGCUGUGCAAUGUUUUAAAGAACUCAAGUUCAAGGGGAGGCACUUUUGAUAGGGCUGUGAAGCAUAAAUUGCAAGUUAGUUUUGCUGUAUAUUUGCAAUGGCACUUUCUGAAUGUAAAUAUUUUUCAAAUGGCUGAGGCUAAAGAUGUGUUUCUGUAUUAAAAUAUUUAUUUUCAAAUAUGACAUCCCCUUGAUACCCUGUCAGUAAAUGAUGUUAAACUAAUUUUGUGCAUAUGCAAGUACUAAUAUGGGAAGUUUGCUUCUUCCAGUGCUUUUUCAGAGGUAGCCAUCUUGUUGCCUCAUGAGAAACAACUGCCAUCCUCUAUCUUCCUUUUAAGGUUUAUUUUUAAAUGGCACCUUCAUGGAACUAGACUUAAUCAGAAUGCCCAGGAAACAUUUCUUCUCCUCACAAACAGAAAACUGGUACAUACAAUAAAUCUGGAAAAUGUACUCUAAAGACAUCAGCAUGAGGCAGGAUACAAUGAAGCGCCUCCCCCCCAAAACCCAAACCCUGUACAGCAGUGUCACUGUGAAAAGUGAGACAAAUUUCAUUGAUCCCCUUACUUAUACUUGAGGCAUAAGUGAUUAUAGACAGGUGGAGGGGAGGGAUCAAAUGUUUCACAUGGAGAUUAAUUGUAGAAGAGUAUUGGUGACCACUAAUACAGUAUUUAUCACUUUCAAGAUUUGUGAAACAGCUACUUAUAUUUCAUGUUUUCAGUCAUUCCUGUGCAGAUAACUAUUAGAAUGGAAAAAUUAUGGAAACUAUUAGGAUUUAAUUGUUUGAAUUAAAAUAAAAGUUACUGGUUAACUUUAAUUUCAGUAUCUUUAUUAUGCAUGUUAAAAUAAACAGCAGUUUCGAGUGUUUCUGUAAAUAUUUAUGAACCAUCAGAUUCUUAUUACAAUACUGUAACCUUACUUUGACUGAAGUGUAUUUUUCAAUAAAGACCAUUAUGAACAUC